UUUAAGACCGGUACCGGUACCGAUAGAAAAUGUAAACAAACGUCAACACAAAUACAACCAGUGCUCAUCCCUCCCGUGAAAAGUUUCCCUAUAGAAAGCGUGAAAAUGGCCUCGAAUCAGGACAAGAAAAGUGGCUUGAUGUCCCACGCAAUUGCCCGGCUCUACAAGCAGUGUCUGGAGGAAGUGGAAAGGGAACUCCUUCUUGCCCAGCAGGCAGAACCUCCGACUGUGGGUAAGUGAUCGGUGAACGGUGAUUAUAUGCUGAACGGUGAAUAUAGCGAUCAGUGUUUAACAAUGGUUUUCGUGACUAUAUUUUAAAUGACCGAGCGCGUGAUGCUGUGCCAGUGCAGUUUGAAGAUGUUCCGAUGCCCAUGGAAGUGAUCGACGAUGCUGCUCCGCUUAGUGAAAGCGAGGAGGAAGGUACGACCGACGCAAGCAGCGGCGAGGAUACAGACGUGGAGGAUAUCCAGGUCGUGGUGGAAAUGCCAGACCAUCCGUACGGAGAUCUUUCGUGAGAGGAUGGCUUGAGGAUGUGGGCCCGGCAAACUGGACUAACUCAUCGCAGUUUGAACCUUUUGCUGGGCCAUUUGCGACAUCACUUCCCCCUGACCAAAUUGCCCCGAGAUGCACGGACGUUGAUGAACACGCCUGUGUCCGGAGCACCGGAGACAGCCCUUACACCAAUCGCAGGUGGGCAGCUUGCUUUUUACCAGGGUGUGGAAAAAUGCCUGCUUUCAUAUUUUCGCGAUUGUCAGCCAACCCAGGAGGGGUUCGAGUUGAAUAUUUUUGUGGAUGGCCUACCCCUGCACAAGAGCAGUCGGACCCAAUUUUGGCCAAUUCUCAUGCAGGCUCAUAACGUUCCAGAUACUCCUGUAAUGACGGUUGCGAUAUUCUGUGGCGAAUCAAAACCGUUAUUCGUCAAGGAGUUUUUGCAGCCGUUUGUGGACGAAAUGAACAGACUGUUUGUGACAUGUCUGACAAUUAAAUCCCCCUCUUACUGGGUGGAAGCGCGUGCAAUAAUUGCAGAUGCUCCGGCACGAGCAUUUAUUAAAGGUGUUAAAUCGCAUAAUGCGUACAGCGCCUGCAUGAAGUGCACAAUCGUUGGUGAGUUGGAAGGACACCGAAUGUACUUCCCGUAUGGUGAACAAUGCGCGCAUCGGAACCACAAGGAUUUUUGUGACGACAAAUAUCCAACACAUGUCAACAACCCUACGCCCUUUACGAGUCUAUUAGGUUGCGAUAUCAUUGACGAUUUUGUGUCAGCCGAAGACAUACACUUGAAACGACUAAACUACUUUUUCGGAAACGCACAGCACUACUUAUAUUAUUAA